CGCGUGCAGGUUGUUUAUUAUAGCCGCGCGCGCGCAUUUGCGGCUCAUUUCGUAUUGGAGAACGCCGUGCGCGCCUGGCUCGCAGCCACCAACCAGGAGCCUUCUGAAUGAGGUUCCAAAUUUAAAUUUUCAUACGAACCUAUAGUACAUUAGUGGUUUGAUAGAUUUUCGUUGUGCUUAUUUUUUAAAUAAAUAGUUGUGUUCAGUGUAAGAACUUUUUGUGGAAUUAUUUGAAAAUGAACGGGGCCGCAUCAAGUUACAACAUGUCUAUAGUGGAUUCAUACAAACGGUUCAUGGAGAGGAACAGUGAUCCUCGAACAGAGAACUGGUGGCUGAUGUCAGGCCCUGGUCCCCUGAUCACACUUCUUGCAACGUACCUAUACUUCUGCACCUCAGUUGGCCCUCGUUAUAUGAGAGAUAGGAAGCCUUACUCCUUGAAGAAUACCAUCAUUUUAUACAAUGUUUCACAGAUAUUAUUAAGCAUAUUUUUGGUUUACGAGGGCUUAGUUUCCGGUUGGUGGAGUGACUACAACUACUCCUGCCAACCGGUGGAUUAUUCAGAUAGCCCUAAAGCUCAACGAAUGGCUGCAGCAGUUUGGUGGUACUUCUUCGCAAAGAUAGUUGAAUUACUUGAUACAAUCUUUUUCGUUCUAAGAAAGAAGAAUAAACAGAUAUCAUUUUUGCAUCUCUACCAUCAUACGAUGAUGCCAAUUUGUGCUUGGAUUGGUGUCAAAUUCUUGCCGGGUGGACACGGAACUCUUCUUGGUGUGAUCAACUCCUUCAUCCACAUCAUUAUGUACACUUACUACCUAAUAUCAGGUCUUGGUCCGCAGUACCAGAAGUAUAUUUGGUGGAAGAAGCACCUCACCACUAUGCAACUGAUUCAAUUCAUGAUUAUAUUCUAUCAUAACUUCAGCGUUAUGUUCGAUGAAUGUAAUUAUCCGAAGUUCAUCAAUUUCCUACUGGCUCUCAACGCGGGCUUGUUUCUAUACAUGUUCGGUAACUUUUACUACAGGAGUUACAUGAAAGUCGGUAAUCAAGAAAAAUGUAUAGAUAACUCAAGUACCAAUAGGAUAGUUGAAAAUAAGUCAAAGGAAUGUUAGCGACUUAACAUGCUCAAAUAAUUUAAUUAUGUUUUUAAUGUGAUUUUAUUUUAUUAUAUUGUAUAUAGUUGUAAGCAAUUCAGACGAAGGUGACUGAUCUUCAUAAAAUGUAGGUAAAGGUUCUUGGCAAUAUUCCAAAUGUUUCAUUACACCAUCGAUUGUUAGAAAGUUUUGAAUUUUAAAUAUUAUGGCUUUGAGUAUUUUCUUAAAUUCUCGAUUUAAUUUUUUAAUAUAUCAACCAUAUUAACGAUAGAUGUGGCUCAUACUGUCAUAAAAGUAAGAUAAUUGAAUCUUCAGAAAAUCAUAAUAUAAAUAUAAAUAUACACAGUUCAAAAUAAGAUUAAUAUAACUGCAGAUCAUGACUCAGAUUAUUUAAGUUGUUUGUCUACAAUGAUAUAACAAAUAGUUUGUUUUAGUUUUAGGUAUCCCUACGAUUAGUGAUCACGGGCAAAAAAACACUCAUCUAAAGGACAUUUAACAACUAAUAUUACUUACAGUUACAAAUAUUUUAAAGGACAAUUUCAUUAUUUGCACGUCAAUAUUAAUUAUAUUUCUGCAUUACAUUGAAUAAAUAAAUUUCUAAAUAUUUUCAUUUUAAUUGUUAUUGUCUACAAAGUGCAAUGUUAAACAAUUAUAAUAAGGGCUUAGAUCGUGAUAGAUAGAUUUAAAGAUUGUUAUAAAUAUAUAAUUAAAAAAAAAAAAACUUUUAAAAAAUCGGUCGAAUACCUGUCUGAGGCUUAGUCAUACAUGAUAAAUACUUUUUUGUAAUUCAUAGUGAUAUUUACAAAUUACCAAAUAUAAGUUAAAAUUAUGAAAGAAAUAAUAUUAAUUGUCAUAAAAAUAAAAAUUGAAACAAAAUUGUUACCGAUAAUUAUUUAUUUUAUUUGAAUUAAUGUUAUUUUAAUAAGCGGUAAAAGUCACAUGUUACAUACUAUAUUCGAUAUGAUUAAUAAUAUAUAUUCAUACUUUUAUAUGUAAAGGUAUAUUGCAAAAAAGUAAAUAU